AUGGUAGCUGUUACUAAUGUGCUGGUUAUUGGAGAAACAGGCUCAGGAAAAAGUACAUUUAUCAACUAUCUUGCAAAUCAUUUCCAUAAUGGCACGUUGAAAAACCUCAAAAUUGCCAUACCAACACGUUUUCAUCUCACACCUAAUGAAAACUUUCCCCACCGAGAAAACGAUGUGAAAGAUGGCAAAUCCAGUAAAACUGUUGACUGCCAACAGUAUCGAUUUGAUCUGUCGGUUGACAACAAAGAUAUAAGCAUUUGUUUUAUUGAUACGCCGGGUCUCAGCGAUACAGGCGGUAUGACUCAAGACAUUGAAAAUGUCAACAAAAUCUUUGAAUUUGUGGAACAUCUGAGUGACUUGUCAGCCAUUCUCCUCGUACUAAACGGUGCGAACUCUCGAAUGACGGUAAACGUCAAAAAUGUUAUUGAAAAAUUUCGUGAUCGUAUACCAAAUGUAAUUAGUAACAAUUUCAUCACGGUUUUAACAAAUUGUCAUCAAUAUUCGGCUAAUUUCAAUGCUAAAGCGACAGGUAUGUCCGACAUGUCGACAGUAUUUUGCAUGCAAAACUCAGCAUUAUCAAGUAAUCCAAAGCAUUGGGAUGCAAACACAUUAGCCACGAUCCAAAGCGAUUGGAAAGAGUCGCAAGAAACGAUCGAUAACAUUUUACGAAAAGUUUUAGCCAUGAAGUCUAUUCCUACGAAUACGUUCAAAGAUAUGCAAGACGAUCGAAAUAAAAUCCGUGGUUUACUGCAUGACUCACGAUUGAUGAUAGUGCAACUGCAGCAACUUGAACAGGAAUUGAGCUCACUGGAACAUGCCAGCGGACAGUAUCAAUUAAAUGCUGAAAAAUAUAGCCAAUUUUACAGAACACGAACAGUAACAGUUCGUGUACCAGUUAGUGUCCCACACUAUAAUACAUUGUGUGCCUGCUGUAAUAGUGUGUGUCAUGAACAUUGUUCGCUGAAAGAGACACGCAAGGUAGGAGAACAAGUUUUCAAGUAUUGUUUGGCAAUGGGCCCAGAUGGUAGAUGCACACAAUGUACUAACCGAUGUAAAUAUCGGUGUCAUUAUCACGAUCGGAAAACAAUUGUAAUGGAUCAAAGAACGAUUUCUGACGUCGUGAUGGAUGUGCAAGAGAAAUUUAAGUCUGCUAAAGCAGGUAAAGAAAAAAUGGACAUGAAAUGUGAAACAAUACAAGAGACAAAAGAGUUUAUUGAACUCACAUUACAGAAGCAGUAUGAACAAAUUGAACAAAGCUGUUAUCGCAUUAAAGAAUCAUGCAUCGGUUUUAAUGUUACAGAAGAGCUAUUUUUACUUAUCCGUUUUCUGCAGCAAGAUUGCGAGUUAUUAACGUCACAGGGUCCCAAACUUAAGGCAUACAAUUUUAUUCAAAAGCUUCAAAACUUAUGCAAAAAAUUGGAAGAACAGUCGCCACUGACAGAUAACGAUGAAACAUUUUACGAUGUCAUCGACAAGAGAAAUGAGCAGACGGGACCAUCAGUGGUAAAGCGAAGUAUGAGUAAUAAUGCGGAGUCAAAAACUAACACAAGUAAAAUCAAAUCAUGUGUUGUUAGUUCCGAUCAGCCGGAACGCGUUAGUAGUCCGACUAGUACUCCUCGUUCACUCACAUUGAAAGAGGAAAAAUAUGCUACAUUAUCUAAUUCAAGUAUGAAUACACACAACGAUGAGAAGAAGAAGUAUAAACAGACACCUCUGGAGGAGGACACUGAUGACGAAAGAAAUGGAGACAGUGAGGAUUCAAAAAAAUUUGGUGAAGUAACGAAUGAGAAAUUGGUUAGUUUAUACAAAAAAAAUGUAAAAAGUGGAACGAAUAGUAAUGAGGAGUGUAAUGAAAUUCGAAAAGAAUUGAAUCGUCGCUGUCGAGGAAAAUCAGUAGGUUAUUUGUCGAGUUAUGAUGUGCCGACAUUGUGUGAAUAUUAUGCGACAUAUCGUACUAGAAAUGCUGAGGAGUUAUACAAAAAUCAGUCAACGUUGCAGCAUAAAAUUCAAGAUUUGAUUGAUGAUGAUCCGUUGAAUAUCUCAAAAAUAUCGAAUGAUAUGCUGCUUCAACUAGCAGCUGUUAGUCUCGUCAUACAAAAACUUAGCAUAUCAGAAGAUAAGUAA